GCUGCUUUACCAUUUUAAACUCGUGCUGUAAACAACCCUGGCUGUUGCUAAGUUAGCUAACGUAAGUUAGCGCGGCUAACGCAAUGUCGUUGAGUGACAGUUCUAACGAGAUAUCAGGCGCCAGUGGAGAUUAAAAAAGAUACACUUUUAUCACAACAACAGGAUUCCAGUAGAAUAAAUGGCUAAAUAAUUCCCAAAUGAGGUGAAAGAUAGGUUGUGUCACUCACUAUUUGAGCUGAAAGGGCCCACAGUUUCACAUUUAGUCUCCUCCAGCAGUGGACCGUUUCUGAGAGACAGGAGGAUGAUGGUUCGUUGGUAGUCAAGCGUUCCAGCUUGAGCUGUGUCAUGAUGGCGGACCACAAUGAUAUCAGUCUGCAGCCGGAGGAGAGAGUCCGCGCUCUUACCAAGAAGGGAAGCUCAGUGGAAGUUAACGAGGAUGUGCCUCCGCGCCGCUACUUCCGCUCCGGCAUGGAGAUGAUCCGCAUGGCUAACGUCUACACAGAGGAAGGCAACAUUGAGCACGCCUUCGUCCUUUACAAUAAAUAUAUCACGCUCUUUAUAGAAAAACUUCCCAAGCAUCGGGAUUACAAGACCGCUAACAUUCCUGAGAAGAAGGACACACUAAAAAAACUGAAGGAUGUAGCAUUUCCUCAAGCAGAGAUUCUGAAAAAAGCUCUUUUGAGGAGAUUUGACCAAGAGUAUGCACAGUAUCUUGUCAAAAAGAAAGCAGAGGAGGAGGCCAUGGCGCGGGAGCAGUCCAAACAGCGAGCACUGGACGCAGAGCGGGAACGCGUGGUUGAGAUGCAGCGGCGGCAGCGGGAGCAGGAGCAGUUCAGUGCCUUUGAGGAGAUGAUCCGGCGCCAGGAGCUAGAAAAGGAACGGCAGCGCGUGCUCCUGGAGUUUGCCACGCCCGCCACGCCUGCUCCCGACACGCCCCUCAUUCCAGGCAUCAAGGGACCCUCGAUUGUGUCCCCCACCGCACCACAGAGCCCAGGGGACCAUUCUGGGAGCACCAACCACCAAUACAAUCGCCCUCCUGCGACCAUCGGCACACCUGGCACCAGCCUGCCCGGCUUUGACCGGUCGCUAAAGCCCGGGUCUCUGGUCAGCCCAGGGAACAACAAUACAAUGGUGGAUGCCCUUCGGCAGUUGGCUGUUCCUGCUGAGCUGUGCCGAAGCUUUCUAAAGUUGGCCGAGGCCAACACAACCCGAGCUGUAGAAACUUGUGGCAUCCUGUGUGGCAAACUGACCAGAAAUGCAUUUACUGUGACCCACGUCAUCGUACCAAAGCAGUGUGGCGGACCGGACUAUUGUGACACAGAAAAUGAGGAGGAACUCUUCCUCAUACAGGACCAGUACGAUCUCAUCACCCUGGGCUGGAUACAUACUCACCCCACACAGACGGCCUUCCUGUCCAGCGUCGACCUGCACACACACUGCUCCUACCAGAUGAUGAUGCCAGAGGCCAUUGCUAUCGUCUGCUCGCCUAAGUUUAAUGAAAUUGGCUACUUCAAGUUGACGGAUCGAGGAACAGAGGAGAUCUCCACAUGUAAACAGAAAGGCUUUCACCCUCACAGCAAAGAACCACCUCUAUUUACACACGCAGGACAUGUCACCAUCACCGAUGACACUGUGUCCAUGGUGGAUUUGCGGUGAUUUUUCUCCCCCUUUUUCACCAGAACACUUUGACGGUUUUAUCAAACUGGAGACAUUUUACUGGGAAAAAAACACUUUCAGGACGGAACUGAGUGAAUGCCGGCCACGAGUUUACCAUUUAUAUGGACUUCAAUUGUUCUUGAAGGGAAAAACAUUGUGAACUUGUUUUUUUUUUUGCUCUUUAAGAAAAAUUCUACACAUUAUUGCACUUUCCACAACUACUAUCUGCUUUAUGGACUGGCAAACCUCUGGCUCUUCAACCCCUCUGUUUUUGUUAGUAUGUAUUCUAGCUCCUUAAUGUUCAACUUAGGGUUUUUUGCCAUUAAUAAAAACGUUGUCAAUGUUUGUCAGUGUCAGACAAGUGUCCAGCCUUUGUUGGCAUCAUAAGUUCUGCCUGACAGAUAAAGUGCCAAGGACGAGAACAGGUGUUGGAGUUGUUUACUGUGCAUCAUGAAGUCUAUAGUCUGUAAUCAUGUCUUUAUUCUUUUGACGUGUUUUCUUCAUAAGCAGUUGAAGUGCUAUGAGUGAAGCGAGAAAGGAAAGCCAGUUAUAACUCAGGUAUGCAGGCAGUGUUGCUGUUGCUGUCCUGUAUUAUAUUUUUCUAUACAAACACUAUCAAUCCACAGUAUCCUUUAUCUAUAAAGGGUUUUGUUUGAAGUUGAAUUCCUACCUAUGAUGGAUAAACCUUUUACUUUUUUUUAUUUCCCUAUUCUUUGUGUGUGUGUGUGUGUGUGUGUGUGGAAAGGGGUUGGAAGUGGCUGUAUAAUGUGUCCAUGCUUCAGAGGAAAUGCGUGCAAGAGGCAAUAUGAAUGUACCUUCUGCUACACAUUACUACACAUUACUAACCACCUGACCAUGGUUCAUGCCUCUAACCAUUAUUGUUUGCUCUUGAUACAAAAAGUAAAUGAUUAGCUCUAAUUGUGCGAGUACCUUCAAUGAAUUCAAUGCCAAGAUAAAAUAAACUCAUUAUAGGUA